AUGUAUUUCAGUACAAGAGUAGCGAGCCUCGUUGCUCUCUGCACUCUCGGCAGCUGUCAGUCCAUCACCAAGGUCAAUGACUUCAAUGCGGGUCCUACAAAGCUGGGCAUGUAUGUCUACGUGCCCAAGGGUCUAACAACGCCCGCACCGAUCGUGGUGGCUGUCCAUCACUGCCAAGGUUCGGCUCAAGGAUACUCUACCGAGUCUCACUACCUGCCACUGGCAGACUCGCACAAGUUUAUCUUGAUCUACCCCAACUCGAGAUCCAGCGGAGGUUGCUUUGAUGUUGCGUCAACAGCGACUCUGACCCACAACGGUGGCGGCGACAGCCAGACCAUCGUCAACAUGGUCAAGUACGCAGCGACCAACUACGGCGGCGACCUGAACCGGACCUUUGUCACGGGGACCAGCUCGGGCGCCAUGAUGACCAACGUGCUCGUCGGGGCCUACCCAGACGUCUUCAAGGCGGGUUCGUCCUACUCGGGCGUGCCGGACGGCUGCUUCUACGUUUCCGGCUCGACGGCGACCCAGGACCCUCCAGGCUGGAGCAACUCGUGCGCCAACGGGCAGACUACCAAGACUGCUCAGCAAUGGGGAGACUUGGUCCGUUCGUACUACCCCGGGUAUACUGGCGCCAGGCCCAGAAUGCAAAUUUGGCACGGAACAGCAGAUACCACCCUCCGAUAUCCCAACUACCAGGAAGCCUUGAAGGAGUGGUCCAAUGUCUUGAAUCUCACCACGUCAAAGGACACGGCCAACAGCCCACAAAGCGGCUACACCAUGACCAUUUACGGAGAGGGCACGGCAACGACAGCACAACUGGUGGGAUACAGCGCUCAGGGAGUCGGCCACACGGUGCCUGUACAUGAGACGAUGGAUCUUGCAUUCUUCGGAAUAGCAUAA